AUGCAGACGGCAAAAAAACGCAAUAAACGCAAAUCCCAAAUGGCACCAUCAGCACCACUCGCGCCGCUGCCCAAAGAGCCCGACUACAAUAGUGUACAGCUGCGUAAUAAUUCGAAAAUUGGUAGUGUCAAUUUUACGCCCGCCGCGCCCAUGCCACAACCGCAGCAAGCACCACCAAAAAAAUUCCUCUCGUCAUUAUCGUCUUCCAAUAAUAAAAAUAAAAAAUCAAAAGUCAAUAAAUGUGAUAUUGGAGCACCGACCAAUUUUCGUCAUGUCAGUCAUGUGGGUUGGGACGCUGACAAAGGUUUCGAUUUGACGGGCAAUGAAAACGAUGAAGUACUCUCGCAAUUCUUUCAAAAGGCUGGUGUAUCGAAACAUCAACUAAAUGAUCGAGAUACGAGGGCAUUCAUAUAUGAUUUCAUACAAAGCAAUAAUGUGCUGGGCACGGUGAAACAGGAAAGUGUUGAACAGCCGCUAAAGACAACAUCACCACCACCGCCACGUGUGACACCACAAGUACCAACCAGGCAUCAGCAUCAUCAUCAUGCUCAAAAUGGCAACUCAAGCAGUAAUACUACAAUAACAACCCAAAGAUCAGCACCACCACCGCCUCCACCAGCUAGACAGCCACCACCACCAGUACCUACAACUGUGCCUGGUUUAUCGAGGGCACCUGCGCCCCCCACAAGGCCACCACCCAUAAAUGCAGCACCACCACCGCCACCAGCUCCCAUUAUGACAGCACCGCCACCACCUCCUCCACCACCAGCAGCCGGUGUACCACCACCACCUCCUCCUCCACCUCCCAUGGCUGGACCUAGUGAUAUACCCUCAAUUACUACGACAUAUGCUGCAACGGAAACUAAAGCACCCUCUAGCUUACCACCGGUUCCUGAUUCACGUAAUGAAUUCUUGGAGAGUAUACGUAAGGGAGUGCAACUUAAGAAAGUCGACACCUCAGCUCUUAGUACGGGCAGCGGUGAUUCUCGCAGUGAACUUAUGUCCGAAAUACGUAUGGGCAUUGAAUUGCGACCAGCCAAUCAACGUGAAUUAUCCACAAAUCGUGCUAGUGAUGAAAUAUCCGGUACAGAUGCUUUGGCUGAUGCUUUACGCAGAGCCCUACAAGAUCGUGUACGUGUCUUGCAAUCAUCAGACGAUGAAUCAGAAUCAUCGGGCAACGAUGACGAAUGGGAAGAUUAAAUUUAGCCGGCAAUAUACGACGAGUAUGUAUAUGUAUAUCUAGUAGGUAUGAAUGUAUGUUGUAACUAAAUGUAUGUUUGAACGAAUGAUAGAAUGAAUGACUACUGUAUGUAUAAAAAAUGGUGGAUUUAUUUUAUAUAAAUUGUAUACCAAUGAUAACAAAGAAAAAGAAAACUACUACUACUACUACGGCUUUAAUGAUACGUUGUAUGUGUACACGGGUACUACUAUUGAACAUUUCAUGUCAUGUCAUUUUAAUAAUGUUGAACUUUUACAAGCAUGUUUUGUAUUAGUAAAACAAACAUUAGUUUUAUUUUCAAUUCAAAUGUAAUAAUUUAUAAAAUGCAUUUGAUUUAAAGAAAUUUAUUUUGUAUAAAAAUGUUUAUUCUAUUUUAUUUUAAUUUAAUAAGGCA